AUGUGGGAUUCGUCCGUGUUUCUUAGUACAUUAACGCCCAAGUUUUAUGUCGCGCUCACUGGCACCUCUAGUCUCAUUUCGGGUUUGAUCCUCAUAUUCGAAUGGUGGUACUUCCGGAAGUAUGGUACCUCGUUUAUCGAGCAAGUGUCCAUUAACCACAUCAGCCCGUGGAUCGGCGGCAACGACAAUGGCACGGAAUCACCGGCCCAGACGCCCACCCAAACGAUGCCCGAGUGCAAGGUGUGGCGCAAUCCGUUGAAUUUGUUCCGGGGCGCCGAGUACCAGCGGUUCUACUGGGCGACCCAGAAGGAACCGCUCACGUUCUACGACAUGAACCUGUCGGCGCAGGACCACCAAACGUUUUUCACCUGCGAAGGGGACGCCGGCAAGGCGGAGUACGAGAUAAUGCAGACGGCGUGGCGCGAGCGCAACCCGGUGGUGCGGAUAAAGGCGGCCAAGAAUGCGCUCGAAAUCAAUCCGGACUGUGCGCCGGCCUACAUUCUGCUGGCCGAGGAGGAAGCGACCACGAUCGUGGAGGCGGAAAAGAUUCUCCGCACCGCGCUCAAGGUGGCCGAAGGGAACUACAAAAAGUCGCAAACCUUCCAGCAUCAGGGCGCGGUGGCCGAAGGCAUCCACCGGCGGGACACGAACGUGCUGAUCUACAUCAAGCGCCGGCUGGCGAUGUGCGCCCGGAAGCUGGGCAAGCUGAAGGAAGCCGUCAAGAUGUUCCGCGAUCUGACGAAGGAGAUUCCGCCGAUCAUGAACGUGCUCAACAUCCACGAGAAUCUGCUCGAGGCCCUGCUGGAGAUGCAGGCGUACGCCGACUGCCAGGCGGUGCUCGCGAAGUAUGACGACAUUUCGCUCCCAAAAUCGGCCACGAUCUGCUACACGGCGGCCCUGCUGAAGGCGCGCGUGGUGGCGGAAAAGUUUUCACCCGACAGCGCCUCCAAGCGCGGCCUCAGUCCGGCCGAAAUGAGCGCCGUCGAGGCGAUACACCGGGCGGUCGAGUUUAACCCGCACGUGCCCAAGUAUCUGCUCGAGAUGAAGCAGCUCAUUCUGCCACCGGAGCACAUCCUGAAGCGGGGCGACUCGGAAGCGCUGGCGUACGCGUUCUUCCACCUGAACCACUGGAAAAACGUCGAAGGGGCGCUCAACCUGCUGCACUGCACCUGGGAGGGCACGUUCCGGAUGCUCCCGUAUCCGCUCGAGCGGGGCCACCUCUUCUACCCCUACCCGACGUGUACCGAGUGUGCCGACCGCGAACUGUUGCCCUCGUUCCACGAGGUGUCCGUGUACCCGAAGAAGGAGCUGCCAUUUUUCAUCCUCUUCACCGCCGGCCUCUGUUCCAUCACGGCCCUGCUGGCCCUGCUCACCCACCAGUACCCGGAGUCGAUGGGCAUCUUUGCCAGCACCACGCUCAACUGGUUCUCGCUGCCGUUCCACUUCGUCAAGGAGCGCAUCGAAGCCAUUUGGCCGUGCAAUCUGCUGCAGCAGCUGUCCCGCAUCUAAGCCCUAGGACGCUUUCUUCCCCGUAACACGCAAACACGCCUCUCUACUAGAGCUCCUGACGACCCCGUGGUGGUGGCCCGCGGUCAGCACGACGACCCGCGCUCCCCGUUUUAAUCCAGGCGUAGCAACUCCACG